CCCAAGCUGGAGACCCAGGAGGAGCGCAGUGUGAGAGCGGGUGUCUCCAGGGCCGUGCAGGCUGGGGUGGUCCACGGCCGUCGUGUCCCCGGCUGGACAGAGAGGUGGGGCUGGUCGGAGCCCUGGUUGGCCCCGCUGGGCUGGGGCAGAGCAGAACCCCCCGCCGUGGGGGCUCCAGGGGAGCAGGUGCCCUGCCUGAAGCUGGGUGGCGGGGGUGGGGCGGCGUUCAGCCUUCUGUCAGCCCUGCCUGAGUCACCUCUGGACGUGGCCAGGAUGACACAGCUUCCUCAGGCUGCAAAGGCAAGGUGACCAGACGUCCUCCAGGCCAGGCAGACAGUCACGUCUUGCCGGAGGGCAGCCAGCCAGGGCCAGCCUGCAGGCUGGGUGCGGGCCGGGCCGGUGGGGUGGCCGGCAGGGCGCGGCGGGACACACCCCCGUCUCAGGGAGCUGGCUCAGGCGGUGGGCGCCCUCCUGGUUCUGGGACCUGCUUCCGGGGUCGGAUGAGUCGACGGGCGCUUGUUCGGCAGACAGGCUCCUGCUGUGGCACCAGCCGGAGGGGCAGUCGGCCAGGGGUCUGUCAAGAGGAGGCCCCCAGUCCCCAGAGCAGAGGCAGCCUGGCAUGGUGGUUCUGGCUUUGGGGUUCACUCUCGGCUGCCAUGCCCCCUGGACACCCCUGAGGCCUGGCAACGGAAGGUCCCCUCUGACCCCCUCUCUCGAGCUGAGUGUCGCGGGUCUCGGGAGCCUGCCCUGCUCGACGCUGACGCUGGAGACUCGGCUUCUCCCGCCUGGGCUCACGGCCUGGGCUUGCAGACUGUUUGUGCAGUCCGGUGAGAAUCUGAGACUCUCGAGGCCCCUUUGCUCCUGGCUGAUCUAAGCCCAGGGCUGCCCAGCUACCGUUUCCAGGUGGUUCUGUCCGGGUGACUGUGCCCAGGUUAUGACGACUAAUCCCAAGGCGAACAAGGCGUUGAAGGUCAAGAAGGAGGCGGGCGAGAACGCCGCGGCGCUCAGCGACGAUGAGCUGGUGUCCAUGUCGGUGCGGGAGCUGAACCAGCACCUGCGGGGCCUCACGCGUGAGGAGGUGGUGCGCCUGAAGCAGCGGCGCCGCACGCUCAAGAACCGCGGCUACGCGGCCAGCUGCCGUAUCAAGCGCGUGACGCAGAAGGAGGAGCUGGAGCGCCAGCGCGUGGAGCUGCAGCAGGAGGUGGAGAAGCUGGCCCGCGAGAACAGCAGCAUGCGGCUUGAGCUGGACGCCCUGCGGUCCAAGUACGAGGCCCUGCAGACCUUCGCCCGCACCAUGGCCCGCGGCCCCGUCACGCCCAAGGUGGCCACCACCAGCGUCAUCACCAUCGUCAAGUCCGCCGAGAUGGCCGCCUCCGCCUCCGUGCCCUUCUCGGCUGCCUCCUAGUGCCCGCCCGGCCGAGGGGCGUGGGUCCCGCGGAGAGGGAGCCCCACGGACUCCUGCGGACCGGCCGGCGGAAACAGACGGGGUUCAGCCGGGGUUCCGAGCGCCGCCCGCCCUGCACCCGCACACACGCACACGCACUGCACGCCCCACCUGCCCCGGGCUCCGCCGCCCUCUCCGGGCCGCCUCCUGGGCUCUGUCCGGCGCCGGCGGGGGCAGGGGGUGUGGACGGAAGGCCCUCAGGAGGCCCCUGGCCCAGACGUCUUCCACCCCUCCCUCGAGCUGCCUGUCCGCACACGGCAGCGUGUCCACACCCUGCACGGGCCCCCAGCUGGGCCAGCACCCCUUCAACACGCUGACUGCACCUGGGCACCCGGGAGGAACCGCCCCCCGCAGGGUCCAAACACUGUGAUCCUGCUGCAGCCUUGGCCAGAGGCCCAGACCCCCUGAGUGGGCGGAGGAAGGGCUUGCGUGCAGGCAUGUGCGAGGGUCACCUGUGCGUGUGAACAUGCCCGCAUGUGUGCUGCCCUCCCGCGGGGCGCCGCCGCUCUGGCGGCCUCGGGAGCGGCUGGUCACUGGGCCCGCACACGCUUUGUGUUUCCUCUCCGUGUCGGGUGGCCGGGGGUGGUCCCCAGUGAGGAGCAGCCACCUGGCCAGGAGAGGGG